AUGGCCCUCGAAUCAGGCCAUACACUCACCCUCUUCGUGCGAAACCCGAGCAAACUCCCCGCACCACUUCGCGAUCAUGAUUCCGUUGCGGUCAUUGAGGGCACCCUAGAAGAUGAAGCAUCAUUGGAACAAGUUUCUCAAUGUGAUGCAGAUGCAUUCGUAUCAUUUGCUGGACCGCCGGUUGGAAACAAGGGAACACCCUUGACGAAAGGCUACAAAUCCCUCAUCCCAAAACUAAUCUCCCAAAAUAUCAAACGCAUCCUCAUCCUAUGCACCGCCUCCUUCCAUGGACCCGAAGAUCAAGUCUCCUUCAAAUGGCACCUGAGUCACUGGACACUCAAAACGUUUAGUCGCAGUCAAUACGCGGAGAUGAUCAGCGUUGGAGAAUUCGUGUCCUCAUUAUCGAGUGAGGAAGGUAUUCGAUGGACGUUGUUCCGGGUUGCGCUUUUGACGAAUGGCGAGGAAGCGCAGGUUGAGGCGACGCAUUUGGGGAGUGGGAAGGAUGUGAUGUGGAUUAGUCGGGCGAGUGUGGCUGGGUGGGUGUUGGAUGAGGUUAUUGAGGACAAGUUUGUGGGGAAGAUGCCUUAUAUUUCGCUAGCGGAAUGUACCGUAAUAGGAAACAUCGAGAUCCCAGGCUACCCCCCUCGUGAGACUCGCCUGGCUUGGACCGUCCAAGAGCAUGAAGAUUUUCUACGCGAACAACUCACGCACGACAUCACUCCAGGCGCGCUAAUUGUUGAACCCCAGUUUUGGCACUCGGAAGACAUCGAUACCCCUCCCUGGUCCAUAGAGAGGCCGAUCUUCCAUGGCAUGGUCGAUCUCAAGAUCGACCCUCGCAACGUCUCCUGCCACCGAAGAGUAGAGUGGCCUACCCUCAGCCCAGGAAUUCUCUCUCACCUCACUGAAGGGCCGAUCAUCACCCGACCCGCUAGUGAAUUUACCCCCCUCUCCGAGUCUGCGACAGCCGUUGUCCAGCAAGAACUUUCCCGAUGCGAUCUCAACCAAGGCAUCGUCACUGACAUGACCGUCUAUGACGAAGCUGGUUUUGAUAACCCGCACUAG